AUGGCUGAAACAGCAGCUCCAGCUUCUUCCCUACCUCCUCCCCAAGUACACCAGAACCCUCUCGCAAAGAAACUACAGAAGAUCCUUCAGAACAAUUUGGACAAUGACAAAGAGACUCUUGAAGCGCUACAAGUUCUUUCAUCAUUCCUCGACGAAAACACACUCCAGGCUCGGAGAAACUUGAGAAGUGAUUUGGAAAGACGCAGUCUAAUCCUAAACGAAAGCUUUCUGAAGUGUAUGGAAGAGCUGGUCGGGCAGAUUAAAGGAAUUCAAGAAGACGUUUCCACAAUGAAAGUCUGUUGUGAUGAUAUGAGUACCAGAUUGAAUUCUGCCAAAAGCCAAACGUCGGGUCUUCUGAGAGAAACUGCACAAUUACAGAAUAAGAGCAAACACCUCGAAAUGCGGUCAACAGUUGUUGACGCUUUUUUGAAGAAAUUCGAACUCACAUCUAGUCAACUACAGUUGCUUGUGGGGUCACACGGUCACGGUCGACGAAAUCCACGCUCUAGUUUCGUUAACGAAGACUUCUUCGAGGCUAUGGCUCGAGUCAAGCGAAUUCACGAGGACUGCAAAAUCCUUCUGCGUACAAGCCAACAGAGAGCUGGUUUGGAGAUCAUGGAGUCAAUGGCAAUGCACCUAGAGUCUGCUUAUGAACAACUGUACCACUGGACCCAGAGCCAAUGUCGAGCAAUGAACACUGAUGCACCCGAGACCAAUCCUAACCUACGACAAGCCCUCACUGAGCUUCAGAAUAGGUCCAUUCUCCUCCAGUAUUGUCUGGAUGAAUACAGCAUAGCACGUCGUAAUGCACUCGUGAGAUGCUUCAUUGAUGCUCUAACUCGCGAGGGAAACUCCGGCCGUCCAAUCGAAUUGCAUUCACAUGACCCUGUUCGAUAUUGCAGUGAUAUGCUUGGCUGGCUCCACCAAGCGAUAGCUACCGAAAACGAUCACAUUGCUGGACUACUGUUAGAGCAAAAUCGCGAGAAAGUGAUUUCCAUCCUCAGUAUGGUAACGGAGGGAGCCUGUCGUCCAUUACACACUCGAAUCGAGCAAGUCGUGGUCUCCUCAACUGUACCCACUACUGCCUACCAACUUGUGAGCCUCCUACGAUACUAUGCUGGAGUUUUUGAGGGUCAUUUAGGCACUGAUGCACCCCUAGUACGGACCGUCACAGAAUUGUCCGAUCUUCAAUCCAAAAUGUUUUAUAGUUCGCUGACAUCGCAGACAUCCAAGCUACUCGAGAGCAUGGAAGCUCCUCUACCUGAUCUCACUCCAGCCUCAAAAACAAGUGACGUUCUCUCUCUCCUCCAGAGCAUUCUGAGCUCGAGGGAUAUGACUGUGCUGGCUAGCAAUACUCAAGACCAGGACCUCAAGCUGAUUCUCAGCUCAUGCAUUGACCCUCUCAUACAGUACUGCAACGAGUCUGCCCACUCUCUGGACCACCUGGAUCGUGCCGUGUACCUCAUCAAUACUCUGUAUCGCAUCCAAAGCACAAUAUCGCUGUACGAGUUCACAGACACACAAGUUGAGAGCCUCGAGUUCCAAAUCCAAUCACACAUGACGAGUGUAAUAGAAGGACAGCAAAAAGUUCUCGUUGAAUCUGCUGGACUGUCUGGGUUGCACGACGCUGUGUUGAAAGCUGAGAACAUCGACACAGAGCUUGGUAACGGGAGAGAUUAUUUAGAUAGUGUACAAAGAGUUGUCACGGGACCAGAACAGUACCAACUUGACCAGUUUCAGCUGAUUCUGAGUACAAGGCUUAGAGACGAGGCGGAAAAGAAAUCGUUGGAAUUGUUUGUACGUUCUUAUGAGACAGUUUACGGUGCAAUUUUGGCAGAGAAAGGGGAAUCAGCUACACAGACAAUACUGCCCUAUACAUUGCAGCAGGUCAAGCAAAUUCUUAGCUUAUGUUAAUUUUUUUUUUCAAAAUUUAUGUUUUGUCUUACCAAUAAUAAAUGUUACAUGUACUUUAUAACAAGAGCAAAUGAGCCAUUGCUGUGUUUUAUCUAGAUCUAAUUAAGCGAAUCAUAA